UCCUAGCUCAGGAGCUGCAAGCAACUUUUCCUUGCUCUCAUUCAGGCUGGAGAGAAGUCCUCCGUACAGUUUCUGGAAAGUCUAGCUUCUGGGAGACCUGGACGGAGAAUACUGUGCACACCCCCAGAGUACUUUAGAUUCUCCAGCGCAGACCCAAGAUGGGACCGGGACAGGCAGGGGGCGCGCUUCUGCUGCGGCUGCUAGUGCUAGCUCAAGGUAUUUUGAGUUGUCUGGCAUAUAACGUUGGCCUACCAGGAGCGAAAAUAUUUUCUGGACCUUCAAGUGAACAGUUUGGGUAUUCAGUGCAGCAGCUUACGAACCCACAAGGCAACUGGUUGCUGGUUGGCUCGCCGUGGAGUGGUUUCCCUGAGAACCGGAUGGGAGAUGUGUACAGGUGCCCUGUGGACCUACCCACUGCCACCUGUGAAAAGCUGAAUCUGCAAAAUUCAGCAAGCAUCUCAAAUGUUACCGAGAUAAAGACCAACAUGAGCCUGGGUUUGACCCUCACCAGGAAUCCGGGGACCGGCGGCUUUCUAACCUGCGGACCUCUCUGGGCACAUCAGUGUGGAAAUCAGUAUUAUGCAACUGGGAUUUGUUCUGAUGUUAGUACAGACUUUCAGUCCUUGACCAGCUUUUCACCUGCAGUUCAGGCUUGCCCUUCCCUCGUAGAUGUUGUAGUUGUAUGUGAUGAAUCAAACAGUAUUUAUCCCUGGGAGGCAGUAAAGAAUUUUUUGGUAAAGUUUGUACAAGGCCUGGAUAUAGGACCUAAAAAGACACAGGUGGCAUUAAUUCAAUAUGCCAAUAAUGCAAGAGUUAUAUUUAACUUGAACACUUACAAGAACAAAAAUGAUAUGGUUUGGGCCACAUCUAGGACAAGCCAAAAUGGCGGGGACCUCACAAACACCUUCAAUGCUAUCCAAUUUGCAAGAAAUUUUGCUUAUUUACCGGAGUCUGGCGGGCGCCCAGGUGCUACAAAAGUCAUGGUAGUUGUGACUGAUGGUGAAUCCCACGAUGGGUCAGACCUGAAAACUGUCAUCCAGCAAUGCAAUGAUGAUGAGAUACUGAGGUUCGGCAUAGCAGUUCUUGGUUAUUUAAACAGAAAUGCUCUUGAUACUAAAAACUUAAUCAAAGAGAUUAAAGCAAUUGCUAGUACUCCAACAGAGAGAUACUUUUUCAAUGUGGCGGAUGAAGCGGCUCUUCUGGAGAAAGCUGGCACUCUAGGGGAGCAUAUAUUCAGCAUUGAAGGCACUGUUCAAGGGGGAGACAACUUCCAGAUGGAAAUGGCACAAGUUGGAUUCAGUGCAGAUUACGCUCCUCAAAAUGAUAUUCUGAUGCUAGGUGCUGUGGGAGCUUUUGACUGGAGUGGAACUGUUGUCCAAGAAACAUCUCACGAGCACUUGAUCUUUCCUAAACAAGCCUUUGACCAGGUUCUACAGGAUAGAAAUCACAGUUCAUUUUUAGGUUACUCUUUGGCUACGAUGUCUACUGAAAAUGGUGUCCAUUUUGUUGCUGGUGCUCCUCGGGCAAAUUAUACCGGCCAGAUAGUGCUGUACAGUGUUAACGAACAUGGCAAUGUGACCGUGCUUCAGUCUCACAGAGGGGACCAGAUUGGCUCCUAUUUUGGCAGUGUGCUGUGUACAGUUGAUGUGGAUAAAGACACCAUUACAGACGUGCUCCUGGUAGGUGCUCCCACAUACAUGAAUGACCUCAAGAAAGAAGAGGGAAAAGUCUACCUGUUUACAAUCACAAAGGGCAUCUUGAAUCAGCACCAGUUCCUUGAAGGACCAGAAGGCACUGGAAAUGCUCGGUUUGGUUCAGCAAUUGCAGCCCUUUCAGACAUCAACAUGGAUGGCUUUAAUGAUGUGAUUGUUGGUUCCCCUGUAGAGAAUGAGAACUCUGGGGCUGUGUACAUUUACAAUGGUCACCAGGGUACCAUUCGCACCAAGUACUCCCAGAAAAUCCUGGGAUCCGAUAGUGCCUUUCGGAGCCAUCUCCAGUUCUUUGGAAGGUCCCUGGAUGGCUAUGGAGAUUUAAAUGGGGAUUCUAUCACUGAUGUGUCCAUUGGAGCUUUGGGGCAAGUGGUUCAACUCUGGUCACAAAGCAUUGCUGAGGUGGCUCUAGAAGCUUCAUUCACUCCGGAUAAAAUCACUUUGCUCAAUAAGGAGGCUAAGAUAACCCUAAAACUCUGCUUCAGAGCAAAGUUUAGACCUACUGAGCAAAACAAUCAAGUAGCCAUCCUGUUUAACAUGACACUUGACGCAGAUGAAUAUUCAUCCAGAGUAACCUCCAGGGGGAUGUUUACAGAAAACAGUGAGCGAUUCUUGCAGAAGAAUAUGGUUGUAAAUGAAGUGCAGAAGUGUUCUGAGUACUACAUUAACAUACAGAAGCCCUCUGACGUUGUCAACCCUCUGGAUCUGCGUGUGGACAUCAGUUUGGAAAACCCAGGCACUAGCCCUGUCCUUGAAGCCUAUUCCGAAACUGUCAAAGUCUUCAGUAUCCCUUUCUAUAAGGAGUGUGGCAGCGAUGGAAUUUGCAUCUCUGAUCUGAUCCUGGAUGCCCAACAGCUGCCACCCAUUCAAAAUCAGCCCUUUAUUGUCAGUAACCAAAACAAGAGGUUAACAUUUUCAGUCGUACUGAGAAAUAGAGGGGAGAGCGCAUACAACACCGUCGUCCUGGCUGAGUUUUCUGAGAACCUGUUUUUUGCUUCUUUCUCCAUGCCGGUUGAUGGAACAGAAGUAACCUGCCAGGUUGGUUCAUCGCAGAAAUCUGUUACCUGUGAUGUGGGAUACCCUGCCUUACAGAGUGAACAGCAGGUAACUUUUGCCAUCAACUUCGACUUUAAUCUUCAAAACCUCCAGAAUCAGGCAGCCAUCAAUUUCCAAGCCUUCAGUGAGAGCCAAGAAACAAACAAAGCAGACAACUCCGUCAGUCUCACGAUUCCUCUCCUCUAUGAUGCUGAACUUCACUUAACCAGAUCCACCAACAUCAACUUUUAUGAGAUCUCUUCAGAUGAGAAUGCCCCUUCUGCCAUCAACAGUGUUGAAGAUAUUGGUCCUAAAUUCAUCUUCUCCCUCAAGGUAACAGUGGGAAGUGCUCCAGUGAGCAUGGCGUUGGUAACCAUCCACAUUCCUCAGUACACCAAGGAAAAGAACCCACUCCUGUAUCUGACCGGGAUACAAACAGACCAGGUUGGUGACAUCAGCUGUGUGGCAGAAAUAAAUCCUUUAAAGCUACCAAGCACCGCCUCUCCUGUAUCUUUCAAGAGUGAAAACUUCCGGCAUACGAAAGAAUUGGACUGCAGAACUGCUUCCUGCAGUAACAUCACCUGCUGGCUGAAAGACCUUCACGUGAAAGCAGAGUACUUUAUCAAUGUGACAACGAGAGUCUGGAAUGGAACCUUUGCUGCUUCGACCUUCCAGACUGUGCAGCUGACAGCAGCAGCAGAGAUUGAUACACACAACCCUCAGCUCUUCGUGAUUGAGGACAAUGCUGUCACGAUUCCCCUCAUGAUAAUGAAACCCACGGAGAAAGCAGAAGUGCCGACAGGGGUUAUCGUUGGAAGCAUAAUUGCUGGAAUCCUUUUGCUGUUGGCUAUGGUUGCUGGUUUGUGGAAGCUCGGCUUCUUCAAAAGACAAUAUAAGAAAAUGGGCCAAAACCCAGAUGAGAUGGAUGAGACCACAGAACUCAACAGCUAAACCAUCGGUGGACACCACUGCGUGGGGCUAGCGGCAUCCCCAUGAGGGCUCGCUGGGGUGGUGAAUGGACUUAUUUUAAAGUCCACUUUUAAACAAUUUAAUAGGUAAACUAGCCUGAUAAUUUUAGAGUAUUUGUUGGUCAGUUGGGGAUGACAAAACUAUGGGUGGUGUGGUUAGGGGUAGAAAGACCAAAGACAUCAUGUAGAAAGGGAAAAAGUUAUCUACAGACUGGCUAGUCCAGGGUUUACUUCUAUCAGGAAGAUGGGAUACUUCUAGGCAUGAUAAACCUUCAAGAAAACGGAAACAUUUUUUUCAGAUUUGGGAGUGGGAAAGUACACAGGGAAUACUCUUUUUAAUUUGAUUAACAGUAACAAUAAAAGUGGAAAGUACCUGGUAUUAUAUUAUAUAUAAUAUAUAUGUUAUAUAUUAUCAAUAUAGCAUAUAUAUUAAACAUAUAUAAUUGACAAAAAUCAUAGAAUAGAUUAUAUAUUUAUAUGUAUGUAUAUAUGUAUAUGUAUAAAUAUACUGAGUACUUUCUGCAGAGAUAUAACUAUAUUAAUAUUAUAAUGAAAAUGAAUGUUUGUUGACAAACCAGCAUGCAUUGUUACAACCAGCAUAGAUUGUUUUUCAAUUUAUGCUGUUCCACAAAAAAAAUGCCACGGAGGAUAUUUUUAAGUGGUAAUCUUAUUUAUUAACUAAGUUAAAAAAAAAAGUCCUGCUAUUGCAGGACAGUAAUUUCAGCUACUACUCAGUAAGCUGAGACAGGACUUGGAGGCUGAGGUCUCCCUAAGCUGUAGAGUGAGUUCAAGGCUAUCCUGGACAACUUAAGAAGACCCUGUCUAAAAGCAAAAAAGAAUUGACAGCUGGGGCUUAGCUUAAUAGUAGAGUGCUUGGUUAGCAGUAUCUUAAAAAAAAAAUGAAGUUGAUAAAAUGGAUGCUUUCUGCCUCUUCUGAGUCGUAUCUUACCGUGAGCAUGCUUGAAAUGCUUGAAUAACCAAGAGAAACACACACACACACAAUAUAUAUAUAUAUAUAUAUAUAUAUAUAUAUAUAUAUAUAUAUCACCUAUUAAAGAAAUCUCUACAGACAUUAAGCUGGGGUAGGUUUAAAAAUGAAGGCACCAAAAUUUCCUUGUAACCUGUAACAAAUUUAUAGUAUAACUGUCUGCUGGGAGCCUUCCUGGCCAAAGGAAAGGGGGGGGGGGGUUCUUUCCUUUUAGGAAUCACAAAAGUUCUCUUUUAAUUGAUUAGCUAUCUGAGAGAGACCUAGUAUUUGCCAGAGAAAAACAAUCUUUUGCAAGCUGCCCUUGCUGACUGCUCCCCCUUUCCUGCUGUCUCUGACAGAAGCGCCCUGCAACCUGCCUUUCUCUCCCGCAGUUACCCACUUUCCUUUAUCCACCACCCACAUCUCCUUCAGCACGAAUAACAGCCCAUCCCCCCCCACACACACUACCCCAAGUAUGGGCCUGAGAAUGUCCUCUGUUUAGUUCACACACCUGUGUCAUUAUACACUCCUUAACUUUAGGGAUCUAGUUUCACUGGCUGCUAAACAAGUAAUUAAACUACACCUGAAUUUGUAGCUGUUACUUUUAUAAAAGUAAAUAAAUAAACGGAAAGGCUGGGGGAUUUGGAAAGCUGGAGCAGCAGCAGAAAUCACUAACUUAGCAGGAGAAUCCUUUGAGCUGGAUUCAGGCAGGCACAGCUGUUCAGCCCUAAUUCUUGAAACACUGGGCUGACAGAAGUCCCAACAGCCUGCAUUCGGAGAAGUUCUUGGUCCUUGUGAUGUAAACAGCGGCACUCUGGGGAGGCGUGGUCCUUUCCUACCUUUUGCUUCUCUUUCUGAGACUACACACUCUCUAGAAGAGUGGGAGGAGGAGGGUUCAGGAACAGCUGUAAAGCUCACUUGGUCACACACUAUAUGCAAAAUGCUUUGGUCUGGUCUCCAGGAACUUCGUUGUUCUUAUGGAAGAGGAAGUCAGGCUCAGGGCUAGGCAGUGACUCACUCUUAAAACCACCCUUAAGGAUUUCCUGCUCUAUAGCCUCCAAGCAUAAGACCUAGAGAUGUGAGAGGGAAACAGCUUGUCCAUGUGUGUCUGGAUGGCCCUGACUGCCCUUGUGCCAGGCCCCUGGGUGGCAGUCCAGAGCCACUUGGACCACUUAACGGCUCCCUUCAGCCCUGAUAAAGCCAAAUAAACAAGGGGAAAAAUAUUAGCUGUAAAUGUCAGGAAGGUACAGCAGGAACAGCCUGCUGCUCUCAGUCACAGGAUCCAGAUUCUUUUAACAGCUGUGCCAUUCUGACCAACAUUUUAAUGGGCGCAGAAACCAGUCAUUAGGUUGCUAGAGAAUAUUUCACACAGCAUGUUAAUUUAUUGCACACUCCGUAUGUGUGUGUGUGUGUGUGUGUGUGUUUGUGUGUAAGCCUGGGUUACAAAGAAGAUUCAGUCCUGUAAGCCAUUUCUCAUCCCACCCACUGAGUUUUUGAGCUUGGUAUUAUUGCAUUUUGAAGCAGAGUUUUAGGAGGGAAGGGGCUGCCUCAUGCCUUAAAAAGGUUUUAAGCAGUCAUCGCUGGCCUCUACUGACUUCUUCUCCCAUGAUCUUGACAAUAACAAAUGUCCCCCGGUUUUACUGAAUGACUCCUGUGUUUUUCAAGGAAUUUUAAGCAAAGAUAAAUGUUCCUAAGAAAUUACCGAGGGGCAGAUAAAGAUGGCAUUUGAGAGGAAAUUACAUCAACUAAUUAACUACAGGACUAAGUGAACUACAGGACUCAAAGAUGUCAGGAUAAAAUGUACAUUACAUAACUGGUAGAUCACAAAAUGUGAUCUCAAAACCUGAGUUGCUUCUUGCAUGGCCACCACACCAUUCUAUAAACAGCAGCAUGGUGGAAUAGUGUGAUAAACAAACGGGACUCACUUAAAAUUGCAUGCCACUCAUUGUAGCAGCAAACUAUGAAUGUCUAACUGGACAGAUGCUUCUCUAGUCAGCAGUAUUAUUUUUAUAGGACAGUGAAACUUGCCUUUUUAACUGUGAAGAAUAAAGACAACUAAGACCAAUUUAUGAUAGUCACUUAAGUGAUUAUUCUAAACUAUAAAGUAUGAUGUUAUACCAUAUCUAUCCUGAUACAUAACUGAACCUGACAUGCGAAACUCUCAUUGAGAUUUCAUUGCACAGAAGGCAGAUUUUCAGCUGAGCUCCCUCAUCUGUCUCCUUGCCCACAAAGAGCAAUUCUACACACACACACACACACACACACACACACACACACACACACACACACACAGUCUCCUAGGACAUGCCCUUCAUGUACUUUCAGGAAACUCAUUGUCAUCAGCAGGAAAGAGUAAACAUCCAGAGGCAAAAGAUAAACAUGGGGAAAGUUGGAAGUACAAUAUUUACUACUUUGAAUUUUAAAGUAUAAAGACAUAGUCAUUGUGUAAAUACAAAUUGUAUUGUUUGUACUUGAUUUUGGCAAACGAGGCUGAAACGUAAAUGUAUAUAUUGCACAGCUGUAUUAGAACUACUUUUUAUAGGGGAAACUUUCACAUUUCCUUCUCAUGCGAUAAGUUAUCUUGUUAAGGUGUAAUGUUUGCUGGUUUUAAUUAAAUGUGUUUUGUCAUUUUUCUCUCCACGGAAAGUAUAUAAGAUGAAUGUAUUGGCUUGUACACCAACUUGGCGAAUUUACUUGACUUCUUAAAAACAAUCAAAUUGUAGUAACUGACAUAAAGAAAAGCACAAGAACCAGGCACAAACGUUUUAUUUAACUGUAAAUCAUCCUUUUCAUACCCAGUUGUUAAAUAUCAUUAAAAUUGUUUUGACAGUAA